ACAGGUAAUACAGACAUCAUUUAUUAGAUAUUACAAAAAUAAUGGUUAGAAACUACAUACGGAAAACCACCAAAGGAUCUUGGUCUGAAGAUUCAAUGAGAAAUGCUUUGUUGGAAAGAUACAGUAACAAUACCAGCUUCAGGGAACUUGCUCAGAAAUACAAUAUCCCAACCUCUACAUUAAGUAGACACGCCACCGGUGUGUUAAAAAAGGCCUCUGGCACUAAACAGAUUGAUCAGAAAGCAAAAAUUUCUAAAAAUAAUAAAAAGAAUGAAAAUAAGAUGAUGACCAAAUAUGAUAAAAAGAACAAAAGUAAGAGGAUGAAAAAAAAUAAAGAAAAGAUUGGAAAUAUGAUGAUGGAAAAAUCUGAUAAAAAGGAAGUUUCGUCUGAUAAAUUGGCAUUAGAGAGAAGUGGAUCGCAAUUGGCUGACACAGACAUUGGACAAGUUGUAUUUGAAAAUGUCAACAUGCAAAACAUUGACUGGCAUGACUGGAUUAGACUUGUGGAUUGGAUUUCUAUCAAGACGUUUGGACGUUCUUACAUUGCACAGGCUGCAAUUACUGGAAAUUCUGAGGAGAUAGAGGAAAAGGAUUCUAGCACCAAAGAAGCUUGUACAGAAGAGGAAAAACCAAAUGAAACCAAGUUAUUGACCACUGACCAACAGAACCAGGAUACUGAUCAACCCGAAAUAUCAAAAUGAAACCUUGCUAAAUAAGAAAUGACACUGGCAUGAGUACUUGCUACUUGAUGUUUAAAAACAAAACGGAAAAAUUGGAUUAAGAAAAAGCGAAACCAACGAUAAGCAACAUAAAUAAAGAGAAUAUUUAUCCAGACUCUAUUAGUGAUUGGUUUAGAUGACUCCUUUAAAAACUUUUGACUAUGUGGCGGUAUUUGUUUUGAUGAUAAUGUAAAUUAGUUGUUUUUAAUCGUCAGCCUGUAAAUUUUUUGCGAGUCCGCCAAAACGUUGUACAGUUUGUUCAAUAAAUUGUUUUUUUUAUCAUUGUUUCAGCAUUUACAGGCUUAAUAUUAUACUGUUUCUUGUAGCAUGGCACAGCAAGUAAUGGAAAACUUUAAAAUUGUAGAACUUCAAUCAAUUUUUUUUAACGGUUCAUAAA